UGCCACUACCAAAUACUGUGCUGUGUUCUAAGCUAGGGUUUUACAGUGUAUUCAUUUUUAUUUUUAUUGUUUUGAGUACAAUUUAAUCAGAAUAAAAUACCCGAAAAAAAACAUAUUUUGUCAUUUGGUGUGCGUCCUUUCCCCGGUGACAUGUAUUAUGUAUAUUUCUCCAUUCAUACACUUUCUCUGUACUAUUUUCUGUCAUGGUUUUCUUAGUUCACUGAUGGCUGUGCUGUUGUUAAGAAUAUUAUAUGGCAUUCUAACAUGAUCUAAUCCCUCUAGGUGGAACAACUGGCCGCACUCUGAAGUGGGCUACUAGACGACUGUUCUCCGGAUGGGUGUGAUAAAAAUCAGACAGAGACAAUUCUGUAGGUGGAUGUCAGUUGGAGUUCUGACAUGCCUCUUACUUCUAAUGCUGUCUGUUGUCAUCUAUCGAAAAACACAGAAAGAUUACAGCUGGCUGGUGUUUGGAGAUGACGGAACCCCAGAGGACAGCUGCAACUGUGAUAACAUUAUAGUGGGUGACAUCGAAGAGAUUAAACAUGCCAAGCUCCUAACCAUCACAAAGGUCUUCAAGAACCAAACAAAGAUGACAGAUGAGCACUACAUAGAGCUCACACAAGACUGCGAGAGGUUCCGUGUGACUCGAAAGUACAUGCCUUUCACACUCAGUGCGGAGGAAGAGGCCUUCCCUCUGGCGUAUUCCAUCGUAGUUCAUCACAAGGUGCAGAACUUCGAGCGGCUUCUGAGAUCCAUCUACGCUCCUCAGAACUUUUACUGUAUCCAUGUGGAUAAAAAGGCCUCCGAGUCAACUCGAGCAGCAAUCAAUGCCACCGUCUCCUGCUUUGACAAUGUUUUCAUUGCCAGUCAGCUGGAAGAGGUGGUCUACGCCAGCUGGAGUCGUGUCCAGGCUGACAUCAACUGCAUGAAGGACCUUUACCAGAUCAGUGACCGCUGGAAGUACUUCAUUAACCUUUGUGGUCAGGACUUUCCCAUGAAAACCAACCUGGAGAUGGUGCGUGCCCUGAAGGGGUUGCAUGGUGGCAACAGCUUGGAGACUGAGACCAUGCCCUCUAAUAAGGAGUACAGGUGGAAGAAGCGACACAUUGUGAAAAAUGGUGACAUCCACAACACUAACGAAGCCAAAAAGCCUCCUCCCUCUGGUAUAAAGAUGUUUUCAGGUGGUGCGUACAUUGUGGUGAGCCGUGCCUUCAUACGCUUUGUCCUUGAAGACCCCAAAGCUCAAGAACUAAUUUUGUGGUCUAAAGAUACCUACAGCCCUGAUGAGUUCCUUUGGGCCACAAUGCAGCGCAUCCCCGGCGUUCCUGGGUACAUUCGUGCCCACCACAAAUUCGAUAGAACCGACAUGAACACCAUCUCCCGCCUAAUUAAAUGGGUGUACCAUGAAGGUGAUUUUGAUGCUGUGUACCCACCCUGUCAGGGCACUCAUGUCCGUUCCAUUUGUGUAUAUGGGGCAGGAGACCUCCAGUGGAUGCUACAGCAGGACCAUUUAUUUGCAAAUAAGUUUGAUACAGACUUCGACCCUAUCGCCAUACGAUGCCUGGAGAAGCAUCUCAGGAACAAGGCCCUGCAGGCCUGGGUUUGAUAAAAUUCAUUAAAGUACAGAUAAGGGAUUGGCUAAGGUUUAAUUGCUGUAUGGUAGUCCUGUCCAAUCAUAAGGCCCAAUCCCAUUUCACCCUUUUGCUCCUAGCACAUUAGUACAUUCCAUUUUGCAUAUUCGUUUCUAGAGGAAAGGUAUCCCAGUUUUUGUUGGGAUAGAGGGGUAGGGGGAAGUACUGCUGUUACAUGGCGCUCAAACCACGAUUGAUGGCUGUGCAAGUGGUCAAAGAAACCCAGAGAGUUUAUUGUGAUUUCAAGGUAUUAUGGCACUUUUUAUCAUAACAAGCAUUAAAAAAUUGCUAAUAGUCUCUGUAGCUAGCUUGCAAAAUUUCCUGUUCCACCUUUAAUGAUGCAACAGCAGUUACAGAGGCUGCUGCAUUUAAGGUGGAAUGGAAAAAUUUAAACAAGAACCUAGCGAAUGGCUAAUUUUAGCUUGAUAUCACAGAGGAAUUUGGUGUGAAAGAUAAUAUGUAGUUGUUGCAUCCACCCUGCCCUCCCUCCCUAAACCCCACCUUUUGACGAGUUUCGAUGCACUUAAUGUAGGGUGACCAAACGUCCAUAUUUCCUGGGACAUGUCCGUAUUUCAUGUCCUGUCCCGGGUUUUUUUCAGAAAGUGAGGAAAUGUCCUGGGGCCUCAUGUACUAAAGGUGCGUACGCACAAAAACAUUGCGUACGCCAUAUUUCACGCUCACGGUCUGAUGUACUAAAUUUGACUUGAACGUGUGAAAGUGCGUUCCCCCACGGAAGUUUUGUUUUGGGCGUACGCCUUUUUUUUGUGCGUAUGUAUUGUGUUUUUGUCAUUUGGCGACACUUAGAGGCGAUGCAUUGAAAUUACAACUAUUAAGAUAUCCUUUAUGCACACAUUGAAGUAAGCAUUAUUGGGUAAAAUAAAGUAAAUUAAUCAGACAGUUUCAUUGUCUUACAGAAAUAAUCGUUUAACGUGUUUCCACUUAGCCUAGAUCAGGUUUGCGCUGGAGUUGUUGGAGAUGCAGCGUUGGCAUUACUGGAAAAUACUGCUAAUGGCCGAAUUCAUUGAGCGCGCAUUUUCCGUGACCAUUAUGUUUUUUUGGCCCAUGAUGAUGACUGGCUUAUAAGCAGUUUUAGAUUUCCAAGAGCAUAAGAAAACAAGCUGAGUGCGUGACGUGUGUCUUUUUGGUAGGCAACUCAUUUAAAGCAUUUAAAUGAAAGCAUUUAUCUUAGAAUAAUAAAACUUAAAACAUGGGUAAUUAUACGCUAUGCGUAUAUAAUAAUAUUAUUAUUAUUAAUAAUAAUAAUAAUAAUAAUAAUAUUAUUAUUAUUAAUAAUAAUAAUAAUAAUAAUAAUAAUAAUAUAACAUUAUACUCUGCGUAAUUGAGGGAGGAGUCGUGGCAAGUGUGCUGCUUUCGUGCAUUUGCGCUUGAUUUCAAGUUGAUUGUGAUGUACUAAGAGAAAGUACGUGGAAUUCUGCCUACGCACGGUUUGAUAAAUCCGGAUUUUUUUGUGCGUACGGAACUUUUCAGAUCUGAGCGUACGGAACAUUUUAGUAGGAAGUCCACGCAAGUCUUAGUACAUGAGGCCCCUGGUUU